GCGCGCGGGGCGGUGAAAAGCGGCGGCGCGCGGGGCGCCCUCUCACUAGGGAGCGGAGCAGCGGCGAGAGCGGAGUGGAGCUGUACGGGGCUGCGCUGAGACAUGAGGCGGACAGCAGGGCCGCGGACGGCCGCUCGCCACCGCGGUUGACAGCGCUAGCGACAGCCAACGAGCGGACAAAGGAGGAGCAGCGGCGGUGAUAGUAGUAGCAGUAAUAGCAGCAGCAGCAGCAGUGGGGCUGAGGACGAGCGGCCGAGUGAGGGCAGCCCAGCCGCGGGCCUCUAGCAUCGAGCGAGCCGCCCGGCCCCCGCGCCCGGUGCCAUCGCCGGGUGGAGCGCGGGAGGCCGGAGCCAUGAGCCAGGCCGAGGUGUCGCCGGCGGCGGCGGCGCCGCAGCGCAUGUUCCAGGAGGCGGUGCGGCGCGGCAACACGCGGGAGCUGCAGUCGCUGCUGCAGAACAUGACCGACUGCCACUUCAACGUCAACUCGUUCGGGCCCGAGGGCCAGACGGCGCUGCACCAGUCGGUGAUCGCCGGCAACCUGGAGCUCGUCAAGCUGCUCGUCAAGUUCGGCGCCGACAUCCGCCUGGCCAACCGCGACGGCUGGAGCGCGCUGCACAUCGCGGCUUUCGGCGGCCACCAGGACAUCGUGCUCUACCUCAUCACCAAGGCCAAGUACGGGGCGGGCGGCGGCCGCUGAGGCCGGGACUGAGAGCGCGGGGCCCCGGGGCCGACUCACGCACACGGGCCCGGCCGCUGAGACUGCAGGACUGCCCGCUUGCGGGCUGGGCUGGGCCGAGCCGAGCUGGGCCGCCUGUCGGCUCCGGUUAUCUACCUCACUCACCGGGGGGCCGGGUUGGCAGCGGCCGGAGAAGCGCGGCGCCCCGCCUCGCCGCGGAGGGCAACGGGCCGGAGGUCGGGGCCCGCUUCGGCGGCCGCAACAGGGGCGACGAUGUAUCAAUAAACCAUGUAAAACAGGGUGAUGGUGUCGGCGUCUGGUGUUGGGAGCGGGGCCGCGAUUGGGGAAGAGGGAGAGGUAGGGUCCGGUGUGUGGGGGCUGGGGGAAAGCGAUCCCGCCGGGAGUGUGCGGUGGUCACUAGCGUCCACCUGAGAUCGUCUCUCCGCUAAAUUCCCACUCUACCCCCCGAGCACAACAAUUUAGUUUUUUUAACAAAAAAAAUAAAACAAUCGUUUGGUUCUCUGAUUUGCUUUAACCUACUUUUUUUCUUUCUGCUGCUAAGAUCACCACAAGUCCCACGGGGUUUGUGAGAACCCUCUAUACCUCUACUCUCAGACUUGACGAUUGUCUCACGUUAACGCUUCCGGUUACAGGCUGCCCAGCCGUGGGAAACUCCCACGUUUUCGCCAGCCUUUAUUUGCAUUCUCCAUUUAGAUACCGUGUAAGCUGCGCACAAUUAGAGAGCAGUCAAUAAUGACCCCCAUGUUUGAAGAAGAGCUCCAUUGCUGUGAAGACAGUGACCGUGUCCCUCUCACGCCUGGUGCUGCUAUUUAUGUGUCCCAUCGCUAUAUGUUAAUCUUCCCUCAGUUUGCCGCAUCUGUUUUUCUUUUGCCCAUUUGUUCUCCCUGCAGCGUCCCCACUCCGUGUAUCUCUCUGCCUGCUUGUGCUCUUAAUAGCCCCAUUUAUUGUUUAGUUACGAAAGCCUCAUUGCUCAUGUGUUUAUCUAAUAAUCUACACGGGUAGAUGCCUCCUGAAGUGGUAUGAUGACUGAGUGAUUUGGCACAGUAUCUUACUGUGACUAGAUACGCCUGCCUGUGUAUGUUACAUGCAAUGACCUGUAUCCCUCUCGGCUAACUACUGUGAUGCUGUGGCCAUGCACACUUUCUAUAUUGCUAGCUAGUUCGGUUGGUAACAGGCAAGUGGAUGUGGUUUCCAGUUUUGAACUGAUACUUGCACCAGACUUGUGCACGCAAGGCAGCUGCAUUAGAAUUUGUUGGGAUAUGAUAUUAAACCUGGCCUCCCCUGCCUGUAAUACCCUUUCUGCUAACAUACAAUGCAUGCCAUCACCCUUUGUGUGCUUCUAUAAGUGGUUGCUAUGCCACAAUUUAAAGCCUGUACUGCCCCCUCUGCUGUCUUUGCCAUUAUCCCACUGUCUGUGCUGCUGAGACUCCACUAAAACAAAAAGCUGUACUUGCUGCAAAUCUGUUCUGGUGAAGUGUCAUUGCCCCGAGCAUCUCUCGGGGGAUGCUGCCUGACCUGCUGAGUGUUUGUGUCCACAUUCGCUGCACAAAAGUGUGUGUAAUACCCACUCUACUGCCAGAUACUGCUGGUGCAAAACUGCCCAUGUUCCCUGCACCUGGCUCUUGCUCGGUGCUUACAGCCCCACCACCUCCACAUGUUCUGCCUGCAACUCCUCAGCUUGUGUUUACUGCAUGCAGACUCUAAUGUUAGUAACGCAAGUUCUGAAAGGUUGUGUCCAUCUGACAGCUGCACAGACUCUCAGAAUUUUGACAGUCUAACCUUGGACUUCCCGCUACUAAACUAGAGCUAUUGAUGUUUUUUUGGUUGUCCACAGACUGAUCUGUUGUGAUUGUUGUUGGAUUUGUGCACAUUUGCCAUUUAUUGCCAGCUGUAUAUUAAAAUAGCAUUAUAACUUUC